UUGGCCGAUGGUGCGCUUACAAAACGCCGGUUUUUCGGCGGACGCGUUCGCCUUCGCUUUCGCGCUCCUCAAACAUCCAAAACCCCGCACACACAGAUACUCACCCACUCACACACACACUAAUAAUACAGUCGGUUGGGUGGGGAAGGUGAAAGUGCAAUAAGAAAGUGCAGCGGGGUGAGGGGGCGGGAAAGUGGCCGAAAUGCCGUGCAGCACUCUAAAGCCAACUUUAGCAAUUGGAUGGCGUUAUUUUUGGAUUAAGCAGCGCCAAAUUGUUACAAACGAACGAACAACGACCGACAUUUAACGAUUAACAUUAAGACCAACUGAAGUAGGGGAAAGUGCUUAGGAUUCUAUUUUACGCAUCGCCCACAUACCGCCAGCAAAGAAGAACAACAAAUGAAAACUCGAUAAGCUGAUAAACUAAGUCCAGUGGAAGAUUUUAAAAAAUAUUUUUUAUCAACAAUAUUUUCGAAAAACUUUCAAAGACAUUCGAAGCAGUAGCAGUAGAAAGCUGCAAGGCAAACAAAAGGCAGGCAACAAGCAACAAGCGAAGUUAAACAUUGCCAAAGGAGCAACUCGAUUGCGCAGGAAGAAGCAGUCCACAGAGGAAACAAACAUCCUUGCAACAUGGCCGCCCUACAACGGAAGCUGGUGCACAAGCAGUUCAACUCGCCCAUGGGCCUCUAUUCCCAGGAGAACGUGAAGGCCACCUUGAACCGCGAGCUGAAAGCCUUCGGCGGCGAGGGGAUUGAAGUCGACGAGCAAAUAACGAAGCCCCUGAACUUGGCCAACUCGGCCGUUCUGCGCGCCGUCGAAGAGGAAGAACAACAAGCCAAAUGUGGGGACUUGCCCCGCAAAGAUUUCUACCCCAUUGAAAGGCAGAGCCGCCCGCGUCAGCGAGGCGAGGUGGAUGCACUGCAUCACACGCUGCACCAGCAGCUGCUCAACCAGAUCAAAACAGACUAUCUCAGUCACCAGCAGGACAUCACCAUCGACCGGGACACGGUGCUGAAAAUCAACCGCCUGGCCACCAAACGCCAUCUGCUCAAGCGCGAUCACAGCUGGCCUCCAGCUGAGCAGGAUCAACCGUCCAUCAGUGCCGAACAGAGCCAUCAGAUCUCCUGCAGUCCCUCGCACAGUAUUGAGGCUCUGCGGGAGAAGUUCCAGAGUCCCACCCUGGUCAUCGAACCCACCGCCAAAGAAGUGAGGGAGCAGCGACGACGGGACGGAGAUGGUGGCUCCAAGGAGCGCUCCAAAACACCCCAAAAGGUCACCGAAGAACGCCACCUGGCGGAGGUGUUCCAUCAAACUCCCGUAUCGAAGGGCUUCUCCGCUCCCGAAACCAAGGCAGCCGAUGUGGACUUGGGUUUGGUGGCUCCGCGAUGUGAGUACUACGAGCAGUUGGCCCACAAAAGGUCCACCACACCAACUCUGCCCGCUCCAAUCAGUCCAUAUAGGCCAAGAUACAAGAGGCAGGCUUAUUCCCUGGAUCGUGGCCGCGCCCGGAAGCGGACAGUGGGUGCUCCGGAGUUGCCGCCACCCAAGCCGAGAACCGCAAAGCCGAAAGUCCAGCGGCGGUGCAUAAAACUGGCCACCGAGGUGAAGAUCUCGUAUGGCCACGACGGCGACAGCGAGGAUGAGCCCAAUUCUGGUCAAGAUGUGGACUUGGAGACCUUGCCGCUGCCACCGACACCGGUGCAGCCAGCUGCCGUGAAUCUCAAUCAAGCGCAGACAGCGGGGCGAAUGGUAAUUGACAAGCUGGCAGUUAAGGAGCAGCAGCAGAUGGCUCUGGCUUUGGCCACAAAUGGGUGCAUCAGUCCGCUUAGUUCGAAUCCGAAUCCGAAUCUGAGUCCGUUGGCCAGCACUCGCAUUGUGCCCAUUCGCGUGGAGGCAUCGACGGAGCAGCUCAAGCUGAGUGCCCAGCAGAUCUACGACGACGCCUGUUCGUAUCUGCAGGAUCACCAGGAGAUGGAGGACAUCCAGCAGCGACCCGCCAGUCCCACCUAUGUGAGUGCCACCGGCGGGAUUAAGUUGCUCCAGCGGCAGUCGAGCAGUACGCCAACCACUCCGAUUCCACCUCCCCCUCCUCCGCCGGUAAUGCGAUCCAAGUCUGUCCAGGAUUCGCAGGCCAAGGACAAGCAGACCAAAAGACAGGGUCGCAUCUACAAUCUGGAGACCACCACGGAGAAGCAGCAUGAGGCGCAUGUGGAAAUUGCCCAAUUGGAGGCAAAGUAUGCCCACAUCCAGCAAUCCAUAGCGGAGCACCUGCUCCAGAUCGAUGCCUACAUGGAGAAUGCCAAACAGGCGCUGCAGAGGAGUGCGCACACCACACCAGUAUCAACUCCGGCCCCAAUACCGACACCACCACCACCUCCUCCUCCGCCGCCACCAGCACCACCAGCACUGCCCGCCAGACCCCUCAGUGCGGCGUCCAACGAGUCCUGGGACAUCUUCGCCCAUCGCCAGUCACCCAUUUUGGCCGUGGAAAGUCCACUGCAGGCGAUUCUCCGCCAGAUUUACACCCGGGCAGCUGGCUUACCCAAAAGGCUUUCCAAAGAGAUUAAGGAGGAUGCCGACGCCGAGGAGGAGGAGGCAUCACUUACUGAGAACGUGCCCAUUGUGGAGCGGGCUCUGGAGGAUCUGCACAAGAUUGCGGUGGCACUGGAGCAAAAACCGGAACCCGCGAAACUCAUGCACGUAGAACUCCGGACAGCGCCAGCUGUCUCUGAAGCGGAGCACGUAGUCAUCAAGGACGAGGAACAGGACGCGGAGCAGGACGCGGAACAGGACGCGGAGCCGGACGUGGACAUGGAGUACAGACACGUAUCGGAUGUAAUUGCCAACUAUGAGCAGUUGGCCAAAAAGGAGUACGAGGAGUGGAAGGAGGAGCAGGUGGUGAAAAGCGAGGAGCUCCUGCCCAAAACCGAGUUGAGAAAGGCAAUAGAGGAGCAGCUGGCCAAAAAAGGAUUAAGGGAAGGUAAAAAGGUACUUGAAGGGGAGGAAAAACCACUUACCAAACUGGCUGUUGAAAAGGAUGCGAAAAAGGAUGCCAAUGCAGUGUCACCAGCCAAAAAGGAGUUGCGGGAAGACAAGCCAGCCAUCAAAAAAGAGAGUGGAAAAGAUUUGGAUGCAAGUGAAAACAAAACACAUCUUACGAAGGAAGCAGAAGUGGAGGAAAAGGACCUAUCCUGCGGCCAUGGAGAUUCCUCAGUCUACUGCCCAGUCUGUGAUGAAAUGCGCUGCUCACCAAACACCUGGGGAAAACUGAGCAAGGCCGAUCAAUGGCGGAUUGCCAAUCUGCACAACGAACCCUUGAAGAACUACAAAGCCACCUACGAGAUACGCAGUCCGUACAUCUCGCGGCAGAUCUCCUGGGAGGACAUGCAGUCCGCCAAGGAGAAUGUGCCGCCCGAGAAACUGCAACGUCAGCGGAGUUUCGUGGAGAUUGUGACCACACCAGCCACCGAAUCUCCGCCGCCAUCGCCGCCACCGCCUCCACCGCCACCGAAGCAGUUGGCCCUGCAGAAACCGGAAACGGAAGUAGCAUGGGAGCGAAGUCGCUCGCCCAGUCCGCUGCCAUCUCGCAAGUAUCCCGCUCCACUCAUAGAAGCACCACAGCGCUCCAGCUCUCCCUACGGCCUCAAUUCCGUCCGCUCGAAAGCCACACCAUCGCCCGUUAAUCUGCCGGCGAAGUUCUCGCAUGUGCCGCAACUGGAAGGCCACAAUAUUGGACUGCUGGUGAAGACGGCCACGGAGCCACUGCAGCAGAGCAUGUCGGCAUCCUCUUCACUGCUGGCUGCCACGCCCCCGUCCACGCCCCGUUCUGCGGCACAGCCCUCGCCCUUCGAGUUCCCCAGUCUCGGUCUCGAGUCGGCGGAGCUGCACAAGUUCAAAUCCCUGGCCUCCAUGGACGAGGUGCAGCGAGAUUUCGGCGUUAACCGAUCCUUCGACAAUGUAUCACCACGUCCAUAUCUGGGUAUUGAAGGCUACAAGCGUGUGGCCUGGCCACCGGCCUCCGAGGAGCGGAUCAUCCGGGAGUUCACCCCCCAGCCGCAGACCCAGAGUCCGGCUCCCGGCGCCGGAGGCUACUAUCCCCAGGCCCACGCCCCCAGCACAGCAGCGGCUGCCGCGCCACCUCAGCAGCAGUACGGUGCUCCGUCUUACGAUGGCCAGCAGCAGCAGCAACCUGCAGCACAGUGGCAGCAACAGCAGCAGCAGCAAUAUCAGCCUCAAUCGCAGGCUCAGGCGCCCUAUCAGCCAGCACAGUGGAACCAGCAGUCGCAGCCGCAGCAGCAGCCAUCGUACCAGGCUUCACCGUACCAACAGCAGCAGCAGCAACAGCAGCAGCCAUCCUAUUACCCACAGCAAAACGGUGGCGCGACCUUUGCUCAACCCCAAUACAAUUCUUAUUCGCAGCCCCAGUUGCCCUACUCGCAGGAUCAGACUGAUCUGCAACAGCAGCAGCAGUAUCCGGGAGCCUUCGCUGGCCAGGAUAGCUACCGGGGCACCAGUCCCGGCAUCAUCACCCUGCGCAAGGAGGCUCCAGUCAGCCAGCAGCCAGCGCCAGUCUACACUUCGCAGCCUGCCGCCGUCAGUUAUCAGGGAGGCAGCAAAUUGCGCGGAGAUUUGAAGUGGCCACCACCGGAGUACAAGGAGGCAGCUGCUCGCGAGAACGAGGAACGACGCCAGUUGGCGUUGGGCCCCGUCUGCCGUCCCAGGCGCAUCAACCGGGACUACACACCCUUCUUUGCCAAGCACCAGUUGAACAAUGGCUAUCCCAGCUACAAGGUGCCCCCAGGCACCCAGCACAUGUUCGGCUAAGUUUGGGAAGGAGACUUUAAGAUGCCAAUAGCAACAGCACGAAAAAAUUCAAUGGAACCCACUUCAUAAUAAUACUGAAAACGAUCAUGUCUAUGUUACUAAAACGAAUCACUAACGAACCAAGCAACCAAUCUAUAUAUUAGGAUAUAUACAAUUGUUAUACUAAUCUCAAAUGACCACUAACGACGCCAUAUAUAUACUACACAUAUAUUACGAAACGAACCCAUGAUAGGUGAAUGCAAUACUACAGCAGGUGUGACACCAACCCGUGAAUCAUCUUCAAUAUUUUCUAUAUAAUAGUUGCUCGAUGAUUCAACGAUCAGAUGGCACUUAGUUAUGAUAAUACUAAUGAUGAUUCGUGGGCUUGGAAGCCUGGAUGAAGUCCGGAUGCCCAAACGGGGCGAUGGAUAACGAAACUCUCCAUGUACCCAUACUAUAUACACAUAUUUGGAGCAUGUGCAUAUAGUAUGGCAUAGAUAGGAGACCAGAACUAUAUGCUAAGCCAUAUAGUUGUAGAUACUAAGAUGAUUGUUAAAACUGUUAACUAGCAAAUGAAAUGGAUACGAUGCGACCCAAGACGGAAAAAUGAUAAUGAGAUUGAACCUUGUCUUAGAUUUAAGAGCACUACUAAACUAUUUAUUGUGAGCAUAUUCUAUUUAACGCAGAUCCCGUGCGGCGAUGAGCUCAAGGUAUCAGCUUGGGGCAACCACAUUCACUAAUUGUAAAUUGUAAGAUGAUGAGUUGCCCGAUUUCAAGGCACAUCCUUUGGAGCCGCUCGCACGGGAUUCUCAAUGUUUAUGGUUUGAGUUUGCAUGCUUUUUGCUUAUAUCUAUACUAUAUGCACAUAUAUAUAUAUGAAUUUACCUUGACAUUGUUAAACUGCAAAUUAUAAAAAAACCGUCAAUUAUCCCGCUAAAAGUAAGUUAUACAAGAGAUUAGGCCACCGCGCCGAAACAAAUCUGUGAGUUCCAAGAAGGCCAUUCAAGGACAAUAUAUUCAACGAGCUCGUUCGGAUCAUCACCACCCCCCAAGAAUGCCCCAUCAGUCCCCCUCCAUCCGCCCGAGGUCGGCGCUUUAGUCCGCCCGCUGACCCCGGGCAAUAAUAUGAGGAUGCCUUUGCCUGCUGGACGAGCAGCCGCGGACUCAGUGCCCAGAUCUUGGCGGAUGGAGCGGGGAUGUGGCCGGGUCGAGGCUGGAGAACGGGCCAAAAACUCUCAGACUUUACCAAUUACUACUAUGACCAGCAAUGUCUAUACGCAACUACACUACGAUGUAUAACUAAUACGAAAUGAGAAACUAAAUAAACGGCAAGUUUUGAAUACUCGCGACGAGAAGAA